UCCUGGGAACAGUUUACUUAGCAGCUGCAGAUGGGAGGUCAGCGGUUACUCGCUGUUACAGUGUUGACUGCAUGGACAUUCCUCUAACCAAACAACAUAAAACAACUUUGUAACUGUGUAACUAGGCCCCUAAAUCACUCUUUUCAGGUGAAAACCAGUGUAUAUGGGGAUCUAUUAAUGUUUAUUGAUCUUGACAGUGUUAAAUAUUUGAAUUACUCAGAUUUGUGCACCUUCUGGCCAAACACCAGCUCUUUUGUCACUAAUUGUCCUCUUUCUGGCUGAACCCCUGUCCAUGUGUGAUAUAAAAACCCUCUCCCACUCAUUUAAAGUGGAGGAGAGUAGAGUGCACAUUGAGUGACUCACAGGGCAGAAAAGUCGCCGAAAUCAGAGUCGCACGUGAAAGUGUCGUCUCUCAAAGCUGAUUUUAUAGGAUAGAGCGUUAUCACACUGAAAAGUGACUAUGAAUGACACUCCUCUAUCUUGAAAAAUGACCACGCCCACUGCAGUACUCCCUGCCCACUUUUUUGGCAUUUUUUCAAAGCCAGUGGAAAUACGCCAUUAGCCUCUGAUUAAGGUUGACAUGCUCUGAUUGAUUGAUAUUACGCUCCUUUUUUACAUUUUUAAUUAAAUAUAUUUUACAUUUUUAUAUUUAAUACUUUUGUGAUUUUUAUCUACUGGAACAUUUCUUAUAUUGCUUGUUUGGUUAUGGUUAGCACAUUCACUUUCUGCCUGUAAACCCCCCUAAACAUUACACACUAGACCUUUAAAAUUGUUUACGAUCAAAAAGGGCAGAACAACUAAUUGAAAUAUUAUUGAAAUCACAACAUGGCCCAUUUGUUUAAGCUAGAAUGUGUCUCACAAUACCAUUUUAGAUCAAAUAUUGUCCUGACUUACACGUCAUAUUCUACACACUGAAGAAAACACCUUUUAUUUUUGCACAGAUCUGUACAAAUAACCCACGUCAUAAUCAUUUUAAAUGUUUUUUAAUGUAAAAAUGACUAAUAUCGCAAUCGCAAUUUCAGUCAAAAUAUCCUAUAUAUAUAAUAUAAUAUAUUCUGUGGUCAAGUUGUUAGCUGUUAUGAUUCAAAACACGUGUGUACGUAGUAUAAGGAGUUGACCAUGGUGGGACUUAUGAAACCCUGUCAGGUGAUGAGCUGGUACUGUGUCACAAACCCAGUUAUUUUGAAUAUGUCCAAUUAUGUCACAAAUCUGUCACAAAAACACAUUUGUUGUCCUUGUUGCUGUUGAACAUGAAGGUCACAGCAAAGUUAAGACGCCCCAAAAUGCAUAUCCGCCUCCCUUUCGCUAUAUUGGUAAAAGUCGCAGCGUCCCGAGCCCCUGACCCCCUCAGGCCGUCCAGCUGCUAGCAGAGCUUUUCAGUUUCCCAAGCCCCCCAGUGCCCUGGCUCUAUACACCCUCCCACCCAGUGUUGUACUCCCCCAGGCCCGACUGCCUGCCUGCCUGCUCGUCUUGGCAGAGAAUCAGCCAAGGGAGGAUCAGGACGACCGGGCGGCCGAGAUAAGGAGCAUAUGAAGUUCUCCACAUUACCUCACCCGAUAAGGAAACAAGCAGAGAGAGAGAGCGAGAGACAGAGAGAGGGUCAGACUGGGAGGAAUUCUCUAGAUGGACAGUGAUGCACAGAGAAGCAGCAAGUGACGAUGGUGUUUUCACCACUUCUUUGGGGACCUGAGUGGAAGUGGGGCAUCUUAAAGGUGUGGUGAACGUUUAAUUGAAUAUAGCAGGGGUUUUUUUUUUUUUGGUUGCUGCAAAGGAAUAGAAUGUCAUCCUUUUAAAACAGUCUCUUUUGAAAGAUGUAUUUUAAAAACAUGUUCUCAGACCAGGUAUAAAAAAGUGCAUAAAGUGACCGUUUGACAACAAUAUUCAAAGCAAACUUAAAUACAGACUGAACAACACAGCCGGUGAACAAAGUCCUCAAGGAGAGACACUGCCGCUGCAUCCAUGGCUGUGAAUCCUCUGGAAGGUCUCACAAAGGUUGCAGCGAACCACCAGCUGGACUCCAGCUUCACGGAGGAGCCGCGGGUCCAGGAGCCCGGUGCAGCCAGCAGCCCGGCAUCUGUGCACCGACACAGGCAGCACACACACAGCAGCGGCCGCCGCGAGCCAAGGAAGUGGGUCCAGUCAAAGUGUGGGUCCAGGACAAACCCUGGUGCCAGCUGUUGGUCUGUGGUCCAGUCCAGGACCCUGAGGAGUCAACACUCGCCACAAAUUGCAGAACGAGAGAGGAACCGUGUUCAAAGCCUACGACAGGCAUUCCACAGCCUGCAGGCUGCUCUGCCCUCAGUUCCACCUGACACCAAGUUAUCAAAGCUGGAUGUUCUGAUUCUGGCCACCAACUACAUCGCUUACCUAACACAGACUCUGGACCAGGGAGGGACGUUGGCUGAGAACACGCUGUCCUCCAGGUCAGACGGGUACCUGCAUCCUGUGAAGAAGUGGCCCAUGCGUUCGCUGCUCUACUGCGGCAGCAUAGGUGAGCUGCUCUCAGGCGUCUCAGCCAAUCAGGCGCCCCCACCUGGACAGGACGGGACACAACCUCUGACCGCCGUCAUAAAAGCAGACAAAGAGUGAUAUUAGACCACGUGACCACAACUUUCACCCACUUUCUUAUCUUUACCCUGUAGCCGCUAUCGCUGGCAAAAGGACACAUCAAAGUUUAAUUUAUGUGGCGACGCUGAUGAGUAAAGAAAAAGCUACUUUCAAAGCUAAUUGUUAGCGUGGAUCCGUGUGAAUGCAGUCACUGAAUACAAUCUUUCUGUUUGUGCUUUAUAUCAGUAUGAAGGGCCGGAACUUCAGUGAGCGUGCAGCUACAAGGACAGUCGCUCUUUUAUUUUAUGUUUUAUCUCCAGCUGUUGAAAAGAAAAUCAAUAAAUUAUGAAAGCCGAUGUGCUUUGUAGUCAUCUAAUUAAAUUACUCAACUCAAGAACUGGUUACAUGUCCUGAAUCAUGUGAUAGUUCAAGGU